AUGGUGCGACUUCUGCGCUCGGCCCAUAAAGCUGAAAGCGCUAGUACGGAACCACUACGACCAAGGGUGCCUGUAACCUCACGAGCGACGAGAACUCCACAGUUAAAGCAGGGUGGUAGUAUGGAUAGUGGCGUGGUACAAGAUGGUGAAGGUAAAGUUGUGGGGGAGCGUGUGGAAGACAGUGUUGGCGAAGGUAAGUCUCCGGCCACAGAUAUAAAAUUAGAAACUCUGGGGGCAGAUACAGACGCAUACACCCCUGCACUAUUGAAAGAGACGUCUAUCAUAAGUGAAACGGGUUCUCUGCAUGGAGCCAGUACAACCAGUGCAUCUCGAGAAAGCGCAGUAGGGAGCAGUAGCAAUGAUAGUAUUUCUCUGAAUGGUACAGUAAAUAUAGGCCGUGAGGCGUCGGACCUAGUACUAGGAUUCUUACCAAGGAAUGGUAUGCAACACCGUGUGAAUGCUACAUUUGACUCUGAGGCGGUGACGCAGGAGGCAGCAAGCACAAGCAGUCUGCCGUGGUCUGGCAAUGGCUUGAGUGAUAAGGCUGAAGGGAAACAGAAGCGCAAACAGGGGGAUGUGUCGAAUGACGAGCAUAGCAGUGAAUGUCCCAGGAAACGGGUCAAGCAUGUAGUUGACGCACUAGAUAGUGGACACAGUAGCCUUACUGCAUCAGCACACAGCAGCACUCAGUAUUCACUGCCGGUGGAAGAUAUUUUGCUCAACAACGGCUUGUUUCCUCUGGAAGAUAGGCCUGGCCAGAACCCUCUCAGUGACAAGAAUUGUAUAUCAGAAGUAUGUGGUAGAAAUGGUGGUUGGAUGGAAUGGGAAACUGAGGGUGAGAGACACGCAAGACAGAAAGAGGAUGCUGCAACAAAGGCUGCUUACGUAUUCCUCACAAAGAAAUGGGUAUGUGACGUAUGGUAUAGAUACUUCUAUUUCUACACAUAUGUGCAUGUUCGUGUACAUGUGUGUGCAUGUUGUAUUCUUUCAUGA